AUGCGUCUUGAAAACCCUUUACGGAAAUACCAUAUUUCUGAACAAUAUAUAUUUAAGCGGGCUGUCUCUCUAUCUCACUCUGUAUCUAUCUAUCUAUCUAUCUAUCUAUCUAUCUAUCUAUCUAUCUAUCUAUCAGUUUCAUCUAUAUGUAUCUCUCUAGUUAUAUAUCUAUCUGUUUGUGAGUCUUUCUUUUUUUCUUACUUUCUUUGUUUUUCUUUCUUUGUUUUUAUUUAUAUAUCUAUGCCCGUCUCUUUCUUUCUUUCUUUCUUUCUUUCUUUUCUUUUGUGUUUUAUCUAUAUACCUAUGUCAGUCGAUAUGUAUCUAUCUAUUUAUUUAUACAUCUAUCUGUUUCCAGUUUUCUUUCUUUCUUUUUUCUUUCUUUCUUUCUUUCUUCUUUCUUUCUUUGUGUUUUAUUAUCUAUUCAUUCAUCUAUUCAUCUCAGUCAUCUAUCUAUCUUUCUUCGUGUCUUUCAUCGUGUUUCAUCUAUUCAUUCAUCUAUCUAUCUAUUCAUCUAUUCACUAUCUAUCUAUCUAUCUAUCUAUCUAUCUAUCUAUCUAUAUCAGUUUCCUUCUUUAUUAUAUUCUUCCUUUCUUUCUUUCUUUCUUUUUUUUCUUUCUUUCUUUCUUUCUUUUCACUUUCACUCAUUUUAUCUUGCCUGCUUUCCAUGUCUGCAUACCUUUCUCUCACUUCCUAUCUAUCUCGUUUCCUUCUUUCAGUCUAAGCUUGCUUAAUUCAUAUCUAUCUAUCUAUCUAUCUAUCUAUCUAUCUAUCUAUCUAUCUAUCUAUCUAACACGUCUAAGUCAUAUCUAUCUAUCUAUCUAUCUAUCUCGGCUCAGUCUUAUCUAUCUAUCUAUCUCGUCUAUGUCAUAUCUAUCUAUCUAUCUAUCUAUCUAUCUAUCUAUCUAUCUAGCUCGUCUAAGUCAUAUCUAUCUAUCUAUCUAUCUAUCUAUCUAUCUGUCUAACUCGUCUAAGUCAUAUCUAUCUAUCUAUCUAUCUAUCUAUCUCGGCUCAGUCUUAUCUAUCUAUCUAUCUAUCUAUCUAUCUAUCUAUCGGAUCAGUCUAUCUCGGCUCAUCUUAUCUAUCUAUCUAUCUAUCUAUCUAUCUAUCUAUCUAUCUAUCUAUCUAACCGUAUUCAGAUAA